AUGGCAACUUUUAGUACUUCGUUCGUUGGAUCAAUCACAGACGUAAAUAAUGUCAGAUCUUCGUUAUUUGUCCACAAAUUGGCUGAUCCUUCUUUCUAUUUUUCUGGUCAGAAGAUGCAAUUGGCAGCGGUGUCGACGGUGGUAGCGAUGGGUGGAGGAGCAAGGUUUAAGGGGACGCAUGAUAGAGAGAUGAAGCUGACGGAGAUGAUUGAGAACAAGGUGACGGAAGCGAAGGAGGUGUGCGCUGGCCAUGAAGGCUCCGAUGAAUGUAAAGUGGCGUGGGACGAGGUAGAAGAGAUUAGUCAGGCGAAAGCUCAUCUCAGAGUGAAGUUGGAGCAUGAAGAAGAUCCUCUUGAGUCGUUUUGCUCUGGAAAUCCAGAAACGGACGAGUGUAGCAUUUACGACGAUUGA